UGCCCAAACCAGACCCCGGGCCUGGACCCCGCCCCACCACCCCGCACCCACCAGACUGCCCUCCUAGACUGGCAGGGGCAGGGAGGGUAUGAGAUGAGCUUGCACCCAAGCACAGGUCCCGGGGUGGGGGCCCUGGGGGCUGGUUGAGAAACAGUAGCCCCGUCUUGAUCAGGGGUUCUUUAUGCAGGGUCUCCCAGCCCUGGGGGGGGAAGCUGGGAACCUCCUGGGGUUGAUGUAUAAAUGACUUACUUUUCCAGGGGUGGGUCCGUCAAUCCUCCAAUGAGAUCCUACUACCCCCAAGUGUUAAAAACCUCAACUCUAGAUUCUAUAAGACUCAGGCCACAUUUUACCCCAGACCUGGUUCCCCCAAGCCUCCCAGAUGUGAGUGCCCAUCCCAGCCCCGGGGGUCAGACACAAAGGGGAGAUCCCCUGCAGCGUCUUGUGGGACCCGAGCUGGCCCGAGCCUGGGCGUGAAACCAAGUCCAGCCUGCCAGGAUGGCACCGGGGUGUCCGUAAGUCUGACCCACGGAGGGCAGGGCACAGCUCCGUUUCACAUCAUCUCUGCUGACACGGCCUCCUUGGUGCCGGUGUCAGGGGCCACAGGAGGAAAAGCCAGUCCUCCAGAGACCCCCGGACGUCGAAGGGAAAGUGGGAAGCCUCCCAUCACAGAAGCAACCUGAGGCAGAGCUCAUGGUGUUAAGAUGCCCUCAGAGUUCUUGAGUGGUUGUGCUCUUCUCCGAGCUGGCAGCCAGGGUGGGGAGGGUUGCUGGGGUGGUCAGCGGCCUCUCAGAGCAGUGGUCGCCAGCGUUGAGGUCCCCGUGUGCAGGCAUGAGAUUUCUUUUUUGCUUACAACACAUUUUUGUCUGUAAGUGCAUUCGCCAGCACCCUCAACACCACUCUGGCCACGACCAACACAGCCACUCAUGUCCCUGGAGAGGACAGCCUUGACCGAGUUGCAGGAUCUUUCUGAGCCUCGGUUUUCCCAUCUUUGAAACAGGAGUGACCCUGACCCCACUUCAGCCAGUGAUCACGACGGAGCCCCUCUCCACUGCCCGGCACAGAGAGGCGCUCACGCCAUGGCCAGGGCUGUAGUGGGGAUCGCGUCUGAGUCAGAGCUGAGCCCAGGGCCGAACCUAGCUUACCCACCUCCCCCAGACACAGGAAGAAAAGAUGCUCCUGCUCUGACCCUGGGGGAUGAGUGUUAAGGACUGAGAUAAGCUCUCUGUGGACAAAGAGUGCUUUCUUUGGCUCUGGCCUGCUGGGCUCCGAGGGCCCUCGAGCCCUGGAGCUGCUGACUUGGUCCCAAGGAGGCGACCAGUGGCUCUCCGCUCACCGCUUUACUAACUCAUGACCACUGCCCUCCUCAGGGGCCACCGGCAGAAACCAAGCAGAAGGCCCGAAAGGCCCAAGGCUCCUCACUGAACACCCAUGGGCAUUCCCAGCCCCGAUGUGGAGAGCGCGUGGUGGGGUGUUAAGACUGGACACCCCUUGGGCAUCGGCCAGGACUUGCUUCCGGGAUGGUGGGAGGUCUCGGGAGAUGCCUUAGGCCCCACUGUCAGUACCUCGUGCGGAGAUAGUGAACAGGGGUCUUGGGGACCCCCACCCCUCUGCAGCUGGCUGUCUCCGUGACUGUUUGUCCACAGACAGCCCUCCCUAAAAAUGGCACAGAUAUCCAGCCCCCUCCCUGGGAUUCCAAAAGCCACAGAAAGCUCCUUGGCUCCCUGCCUCAUGGGUCCAAACUCAGGCCUCCUGGAGAGAGUCUCCCCGGGGGUCCUGCGUGCUGGCCCCAGAGAGCUGGGCACUCUGACUCCACGCGGCCACUUGACUUACACUGGGUCCUCCUUCCAGGUGCGGCUUCAGGUCCAGAGUGUGGAGAAGCCCCAAUACCGAGGGACCUUGCACUGCUUCCAGGCCAUCAUCAAGCAGGAGAGUGUGCUGGGCCUGUACCGAGGCCUGGGGUCGCCACUCCUGGGGCUGACCUUCAUCAACGCGCUGGUGUUCGGCGUGCAGGGCAACACCCUGCGGGCGCUGGGCCGGGACUCACCGCUGAACCAGUUCCUGGCGGGCGCGGCGGCAGGGGCCAUCCAGUGCGUCAUCUGCUGCCCCAUGGAGCUGGCCAAGACGCGGCUGCAGCUGCAGGAGGCAGGCCCGGCGCGCACCUACCGCGGGCCCCUGGACUGCCUGGCACAGAUCUACCGGCAGGAGGGCCUGCGCGGCGUCAACCGGGGCAUGGCAUCCACGCUGCUGCGCGAGACGCCCAGCUUCGGCGUCUACUUCCUCACCUACGACGUACUGACGCGCGCACUGGGCUGCGAGCCGGGCGACCGCCUACUGGUGCCCAAGCUGCUGCUGGCGGGCGGCACGUCGGGCAUCGCAUCCUGGCUCUCCACGUACCCCGUGGACGUGGUCAAGUCGCGGCUGCAGGCCGACGGGCUGCAGGGCGCGCCACGCUACCGGGGCAUCGUCGACUGCGUGCAACAGAGCUACCACGCCGAGGGCUGGCGCGUCUUCACGCGGGGGCUGGCAUCCACGCUGCUGCGCGCUUUCCCGGUCAACGCCGCCACCUUCGCCACCGUCACCGUGGUGCUUAGCUACGCGCGCGGCGAGGAGGCCCGGCUCGAGGGCGACGCCGGCUCCGCCGCCCUGGCCCAGCCCUCCAGCCUGUGAUGCCCCCUGCCCCUCCUUCCCGGGGGCCGCUUUUCCAAAACGCAGCCCAGACUCUUCCAAAACUGUAAAUGGGUCCCCCGCCGACCGCCCUGCCCCAGACGCCCGAGACUCCAUGGACUAAGGGCUCCGUCAGACCUGGGUUGAAUUCCACUCCUCAGCUGGGUGGGCCUUGGCUGCAGUACUUGACCUCCUUUGGCUUUUCUCGGCUGUGAAAUGGGGAGCCUGUUCCCCGUGUUGUACUGUCAGGAAGCUCAGAGAUGCUGCCUGUGGAGCACCCAGCCUGGCACUGUUACUGGCUUCUGGAAUCUUCCAGAAACCCAGCCAACACUCCAACCCUUCCCUGGUAUCCUGGCACACCUCCAGGGGGGUUUCUGAAGACCCACCAAUGGGCUUGCCAGUGACUCAUUAAUUCUCAAAUCCUCCACCUGCAGAGCUCCAGGAACACUUCUAGACCACCUAUCCAGUCUGUGUUAGGAAUGGAGGGGCAGCUCAGGCGCCUUCUGGGGUCCCAGAACCCAACCCCCUGCCAGCACACCCCAGCUUCUCCAAGCUGCAAGGCUGGGAAUACCCCUACUCCCGCCACUCCCACUGGAGGGUAACCUGGGGACCACUAAGAAGCCAUGGAACCUUCUGGAAGUUCCACGUUAGCUCAGGAGCUGGGGUGGGGGAGCAGGCGCAGGUCAGUGGAAGGGGAGAUCACCACAGUUAAAAAGAGCCAUGGCAAGGGGGAGUCUUACCACUCUCUGAGCCUCAGGAUGCCCAUCUGUAAAAUUGGGACAUGACUCAGCUGAUGUCUGUGGCCCAGGCCCACUGCCGACGGCCGGGCUUCCCCGAGGUUUGCAGAGGGGUCAGCAGGGAGAACCCUGUGGGACCCCUGAGCCCUGGGAAAUGGUGUCUUUCCCAGGCAGUCAGUCUCAAUGCUUUGCGUUCCCGUGAGUCCCAGGCGGGGCCUGUGAGUGGGCACGGGUCUGACCAGUUUGGGCCCCUCGAGGUCAAAGGGCAUGUGCGCCCACGCAGCCAGGGCUGUCACUAGAAGCCGGCCGGUGGUGUGAGCUCCGGCAGCCUGGGCACGGCUGGCACCUCAUGGCCGGGAGACCAGACAGGGAGGCGAAUGCUUUUGCACAAGUUGGAGGUGACUGUGGCCUCCACGGUGACUGGAGGUGACUGGCCCUACUCCCGGGAGGCGGGCUGAGCUCAAGGAAGCCAGAAUGACCCUCCCCCCAGCCCCUCCCCACCCCCCCCCACCCCCACGUGGCAUCAUUGUUGUACAGAAA